AUGAUAUCGGAAGUUUUUUCAGUAGAAACAGCAGAAAUAACGAGACCACAGCUAACAAUCGAUUCUGAUAUGAAUAAAUUAAAUAUGGGCAAAGGAAGGAAGAUGAAACUGAAUGACACUCUUGCCACGGUUUCAAAGAUAACUACACUUUAUUCUCGUAAAAUUGAUAAAGGAAAUUCCAAAAAUGGAGUGCAAAGGUCACGCAAGCAAUACGACGGCUGCGGAGUGUAUAUGAAUAGAAUUGUGAAUGAUAGCGCUGAAAUGAUCAAAAUCAAUGAUACUGAUAUUUCUGACGAAGAGGUUUCUAGUAAAGCAAGAAAAUCGUUCAGUGAAGAAUUCCUGGUGCGAAUGUUGGAAAAAUUAAAUUGUAACAGUUUGCCUUGUCCCUGCAGACAAGUUACUUUAAGUCGGUUCCUACAGAAUGAUUCCAGAAGCAAAGAAAAUUCAGUGAUAUUUGUGCCGCAACUAGAAGUUUAUAAGUUUUAUGAAUUACAGGACAUGAGUACUUCCGGGAAAAAACGAGAAAAAGAUGUUCUCUGUGAUGAGAAAUCGGAGACUGAUCUGGCUGCUUUCAGCGAUAAACUUGUAUUGCAAGAUGAAAUGGACAAAAGGAGUGAUAGAGAACAACAUCUAUUCAUCAAUGCUAAUGCAGAGGAAUAUACAGAAGCUGCUGAACAGCAAGGAAAAGGAAAGACGCAGUUGGAACUUGACACUGACCUUGUUGCUAAGAAACUUUUAGACAAUAGAUCAAUAUCCGAAGGAAACGAUACUGAAAUAAAGCAAUAUGGUAGACAGCAAAAGGAUCUUGAAAGAAGUGAAAAGACUGAAUGGCGAGAAACGGAAGGUAUUAGAGAGGAGUCUGAUAGUCUUGAUGAAAGAGUCAGAAAAACUUUGAGAAAAUGCUGUAUUUUGUCGAGUUUUCGGAAGAAAUAUAAGAAAACAAACCUUCCACACUUGAGUUCAAUUGAUUCCAAAAACAGCUUUCUAACAGAACGGACCUCAACGAUAUUCAGAAGACCAUUAAAUCGUAGUAGUAGCUUGACUGGAAGGCAUUGCAACAGAACUCAACGGAUGGAGAAACGAGCGACGAAGACGCUUGGUAUUGUUGUCGGGAUAUUUCUGGCUUGCUGGGUGCCAUUUUUUUCGGUAUAUAUCCUCAAUGCGGUAUGUAUUCAGUUGGAUAUUAAGAGCUGCCAAGUUGAUUUUUAUGCCUUUUUCUAUACAACAUGGCUUGGCUAUAUCAACUCAUGUAUCAACCCAAUUAUUUACACUAUUUUCAACGUGGAAUUUCGACGUGCCUUCAAAUGUAUAUUAUUUGGGAAAGUUCGUUCAUUCAUUCAUUCAUUAUUUCCUCUUACUUAG